GCUGAAGAAACCAAAAGUCAUUUGUUCUAAAAUUACCUCUCUGAUUCUCUUUCUCUCUCUCUCUCUCUCUCUCUCUCUCUCUCUCUCUAUAUAUAUAUGUAGGUGGAUUGAUUUGCAAUAAUGGAGUUACAGGUGUAUAAUGCCGAUAAGAACCUUCCGGCCAUAGGAGAAGAGUCUCAAGGAUAAUAUAGAAAAGAUCUGUUCAGUGUAUGACUCCUUUUUGUCGGAAUAUCCAUUGUGCCAUGGAUACUGGAGGAAGUAUGCUGCUCAUAAGGCACACUUAUGCACGGUUGACAAGGUUGGUGAAAUCUUUGAACGAGCUGUGCAAUCUGCAACAUACUGUGUCGGUAUUUGGGUUGAAUAUUGUAGCUUCAGUAUGUCGGCAUAUGAGGAUCCAUCUGAUGUUCGUAGAUUAUUUAAAAGAGCAAUGUCCUUUGUUGGAAAGGACUACUUAUGUUAUCCCCUCUGGGAUAAGUACAUUGAAUUUGAGUCCUCUCAGCAGCAGUGGAUAUUCCUUGCCAAGAUUUAUGUUCAGACUUUGAAGUUUCCUACAAAAAGAUUAUGUCGCUAUUAUGAUAAUUUUAAGAAGUUUGUGGCCAUUCUGGAAGAGGAGAUGAAACAGCAUAACAACUGCAUUGAUAUGGAAUCAGAAGCUGCUCCUGAUGAUGCAGUCUCGAUGCUUGAAGAUGAAGUCUCUUGUGUCAUUAACAACCUGCUAGAUCCUCUCACUGGCUUCUUUAGGUAUAAAGCUCUGCAGAAAUAUAUAUCUAUUGGGGAACAGUUCUACCAGGAAGCUUGUGAGGUGGAAAGGAAAAUACAUUGCUUUGAAACUAAUAUCCAGAGGCCUUAUUUUCAUGUAAUGGCACUUGAUGAAAAUCAACUAGAAAAUUGGCAUUGCUACCUGGACUUUGUUGAGAUGCAAGAGGAUUUUGAUUGGGCUGUGAAGCUUUAUGAGAGAUGCUUAAUUCCCUGUGCUGUGUACCCUGAAUUCUGGAUGCGUUAUGUUGAAUUCAUGGAAACCAAGGGAGGGCGAGAGUUAGCAAAUUUUGCACUAGACCGAGCAACAAAAAUAUUUCUGAAGAAUGUGCCAGCGAUUCAUCUUUUCAAUGCCCGGUUUAAGGAGCAAAUAGGAGACAGAGAUGGUGCGCACGGUGCAUUUCUUUGGUCUGAUAAUAAAUUCAGUUCCUACUUCAUUGAAAAAGUAGUAAAAGAAGCUAAUAUGGAAAAACGAUUGGGAAAUUUUGCAGCAGCUUCCAAUGUAUAUGAGAAAGCACUUGAAAUGGCAGCAGAAAAACAGAAGUUGCAAAGUGUUCCAAUUCUAUAUAUUCAUUUUGCUCGUCUUAAAUAUAUGAUGACAGGCAGUGUAGAUGCAGCCAGAGAUGUAAUAAUAGACGGCAUACAACAUGUGCCUCAUUGCAAAUUACUUCUAGAGGGGCUGAUAAAUUUGUUGAUGAUGCAUGGAGGACUAGGACAAGUGAAUGUAGUGGACAAUAUCAUAGUUGAUGCUAUCUCUCCAGGGUCAGAUGCAUCUCGAAGUUUGGGCAAUAAAGAACGGGAGGAUAUAUCAGUUUUAUAUUUACAGUUUGUUGACCAAUGUGGAACUGUCCAUGAUAUAAGAAAGGCAUGGAAUCGCCACAUUAAAUUGUUUCCACAUUUGGUAAGGACUUCCUCAUUAGAUAAACUCCCCACUUCAGGUAAUCAACUGUUGGAUAUGUUUAUGGAAGCAAAACAAAGGAGCCCUUUUCCAUUGUCUGAUCAGCCAUCUGGAGGCCAUAAUUCUGACAAUCAUACCGAGCUCCAAAUGCAAGAGCUCACAGAUCAUUUUCAACCAGAAGACAAAGACAACAGUGCCCAGGAGAGAUUGCAACAGUUAUCUCCCAAAAUUGCAGAGCAGUCCGUGGAAGAUGAUGCAUCUGGAGUAAAUAAAUUAACCCAUGAUUCAGUACAUCAGUCUGGAGAUGAUACAUCUGGACAUAUGGAAUCAACUCCUUAUUUAGUACAUCAGUCUAGAGAAGAUGCAUAUGGACCAGUGGAGUCAACUCAUAAUUUAGGACACAAAUCUGGAGAAGAUGCAAAUAUACCGAUGGAAUCAACUCAUGGUUUAGCACACCAACCUGGAGAAGAUGCAUCAGGACCAAUUGUGCCAACACAAGAAUGUUCUGAUUCCAUCAAUGUUCAGCAACAAGAAGAACAAAAACAAAGCCAUGAGCCUGAACAGCAUCUGAAGCUGCUUUCUUUAGACAGUCUUUCCUUGAAUUCUCAGGAGAAGGAAUAUGGGGAUUCAACACUCAUAUCUUCGUACAAGCAUCAAGCUCUUAUAUCCAAUAGAAUAUCAGUGAAUCGUCGGAAUGCUAAUGGGAGCCCUUCUGUAGUCAGCCGAGGAAGCAAUCGAUCUGCUGAUUCUGCUCAAAUCCAAAAGGAAUCAGUAAAUCCCUCAUCUUUGGCUAGUCGUCAGAAUCUUUUACCAGAACAAGCACAGACACAGCCUCAUGUGCCUACAGAUGAUGCUGUAAACUGGCAUCAAAGCAACAGCAACACAGUUCAAGCUUCUGGAGAUGCAAGAUCUGGGUUUCAUGGGGAUUCACAAGAGCAACAGAAUCAACAAUGGCAAGUUCCUCCACAGCAACAAAUCCAAUCACAAGUUCAGCAAGCCAUCCAAUCACAAAAUCAGCAGGGAUUUGUAUCGGUACACCAAUCACAACCAUCUUCUUCCCUAGCUGCUUCUCGGCAUCAAGUGCAGGUGCCUCAGUUCUCUAUGCAAAGUGGUGGGCAGUUUGGGCAUGCACCUUAUAAUGAAGCAGCAUACAAUCAGAUAAUGGAAAACUAUUUCCGACAGCAGCAGCUGAUUGUUCAACAACACUACGAGCAGCAACAACAAUUUAUGCAGCAGUUGCAACAGCAAGUUCAGCAGCAACCCCAUCAACAGCAACAGCAGGAAGCUUACGUACAGAAGCAACAACAGCUGGCACAGCUGUACUAUCAACAGUGUCCUCAGCUGCAUGAACAACAAGCUCAGUUGAUGCAGCAGCAGCUUCUGCAUGCUCAGCAGCAGCAAGAUCAACUAUAUCAUCAGUAUAUGCAGCUGCAGCAACAGCACCCAAUGCAACAGCAACAAGGAUAUCAGCAACUGCAACAGCACCACCAACUGCAACAGCAACAAGGACAGCCGUCCCAGCAACAAAUUACUUCAACACAGAUUCCGACAUGGAACAGGAGCUACUAUCAAGAGGGCCAACAGGUUAUACCAUUGCAUGGUGCAAGUUCAUCUGGAACCACUGAAUCUCCACAUCCCCAACAACAAUCUCAAGGCAUAACACCAGCACAUCGUGCAGAUGGAUCUGGAACUUCUGUAUCUCCACAUCGCCAGCAGCAAUCUCCCCAUGGAGCUACACCACCACAUAGUGCAGGUGCAUCUGGACCUACCACGUCUCCCUGUAACCAUCAGUAAUCACCUGUAAAUGAUUUUUCUUUUAUUCCUUUUAAGUCCAGUGGAGGAUUUCCCUUGCUAGAGAGAAAACUUGGAUUGUGUUUAAUUGAACACAAGGGGAACUGAAAAAUUUUGAAUGAUGACAAGAGUCUCAUUUGGGAAGCCUACUGUAAAUCUUACAUGUCAGAACAGUUUGUCUCAAGGGUGGUUAUUUUGCAUAGGCCAUGUUUGUUGGUGUGGUUGACAACUAAGAGUGCUGAUUUCAGGGCAUUGGAUUUUUUAUGAACAAGGAACUUUCUAGCAAACUUUGAAUGAUUCUUUGCUCAGAUAUGGUCCGGCUUGUGUGGCAUUGCAUUUUGUAGGGACACUCGGUUUGGUGUAUGGGGUUUUUGUUAGUCACUUUGUUCUAGGCUGGCUUGGUAGGUUCAGGUGUUUGUUUCAGUCUGCUCUUUAUCUCUAUUUUGAUAUGUCUAGUUCUUAGCGUCUCCCAAUUUUAUUUAUUUUAGGAAUAACAAUGAUUUGAAUUCAAAGGGACCUUGAACUCUGUUUAUUUGUUCGAAUGACCAUUAGAUAUGAAGUUUUAGAGCUUGUAAA